CUGGGGAAUCAACAAGCUGUAGACUUUCAGAGGACGUGAACUACCGACGGUUAGGCAGAGAAGAAAGCAGCGAUGUUUGGGUACGAGGACUUAGAGGGGGGAAAUACGAGUUGUUAUCGCCCCCCCAAAGUUCCCGUAUCAGUAAAAGUCUUGGUUUGUGUAGGUGUAGUUGGAUGUCUUGCAUCAAUCGGUGACUAUUUAAACUCGGUCCCUUCGGACAAGGGUCCCAGUCCGAGUUGCACUUUCUCAAAAGCAGCAGUAGCCGCAGACUCCCGGAAAUGUUCAGAGAUUGGACGGGACAUUCUUCAGAAAGGCGGCUCUGCAGUAGAUGCUGCCAUUGCUGCGCUGCUGUGCACCUCCAUCAUCAACCCACAGUGCAUGGGGAUCGGAGGCGGGGUCAUAUUCACUGUGAUGGACAGAUCCGGUAAAGUGAAAAUCAUCACCUCCAGAGAGACUGUCCCCAGAAAGGGGAACUCUGAUCUGCUUAAGUCGUGUCCUAAAACCACAGAGUGGACCAUGGAGUGGCCACAAGAUAGCAGAUGGAUUGGGGUUCCUGGGGAAAUUCGAGGUUAUGAAGCGGCACACCGGCUUUAUGGGAAGUUGCCGUGGGCCGACCUCUUUCAGCCGACCAUCAAAUUAGCCAGAGAAGGAUUCCCUAUUCCUUACUACCAAGGUCAACACAUCCCACGCAUUGGUAACACGUCACUACGGGAGUUAUAUUUAGAUAAAAAUGGGAACCUGCUUAAGACCGGUGAUACUGUGAAAUUUGAGAAACUGGCUGACACUUUGGAGACGAUCGCAAACGAGGGACCAGAUGUGUUUUACAACGGAACAAUAGCAAAGAAUUUAAUCAGUGACAUACAGAAAGCAGGAGGAACACUCACACUGGAGGACUUGGCAUCGUAUGAAGCUAAUGUGACUGAUGCGUGGAAUAUUUCUUUGGGAGAGUAUAAGCUGUACUUCCCUCCACCCCCUUCAGGAGGAGCCAUCCUCAGCUUCAUCCUCAACAUCAUGAAAGGAUACAAAAUGAAUUCAGAACCUAAGACGAAUGAUGAAAAGAUUUUGUUUUAUCACCGUUAUAUUGAAGCUUUAAAAUUUGCCAAUGGAUUAAAGAAACAUAUCCUAGAUCCAAAGUUCAGGCCAGACAAAAUGGCAAAGAAUUUGACAGAGGAUAGCUUUGCAGACAAUAAACGGAGCUUGAUCAACAGCGACAAGACUCAUGAUCCCCAGUAUUACGGCAUCAACUCUUAUCUAGACAGCAUCGGCACCACACAUGUAUCUGUAGUGGCUGCAGAUGGAUCUGCUGUGUCUGUCACUAGCAGCAUCAACGACGAAUUUGGCUCCAACGUCCUCUCUCCAAGCACUGGAAUCAUUCUCAACAACCAGCUGACUGACUUCUGUGGUAGAACUAAUAGCACAUCUCCCGGGGAGCGGCCUCCCUCCAAUAUGUCCCCAUCUGUGCUGAAGUCUCCGUCGAAGACGCUGGUGAUUGGAGGGUCUGGUUCUGAAAUGAUUCCACCGGCAGUGGCCUCGGCGGUCAUGAACCACCUUUGGUUUGGAAAGAGCCUUGAGGAGGCAAUUGAUACUCCUGUCAUUUUUGUUGACUAUCAAAGUGAAGUAAAACUUGAAUCGAAGCUUGAAAAGGAUAUAGUUGAUGGUCUUGAAGCUAAGGGACAUAAAGUAGCAAAAUUCUACAACACAGUUAACGCUGUGGAAAAGGCGGACAGCUGUAUCUCUGCAUGGUCUGAUGAAAGGAAAAAAGGUGAAGCAGCUGGUUACUGAGAGUCAGUGAUGUUAGUUAUACAGCAUGGCUUUACAACAUUGGACAAUCUAUAUUCGUCUGUUAACUGAUAGAUCAUUCAUGCUUUACUCAUGUGUCUAAAAAAGUUUGAAAAUGAAAAAUUUCAGGGGUUGCUGUUGAUAUCCGUCUUUUUAAAAUAAAAAUAAAAAAAUCAAUAUGACCUUUUAAAUAUUUGUUCAUUUUGGUUUUUGAUACACAUUGAAUAGGUUGAAAUGUGAAGCCCAUGCCUGUUUCUUCAACCUGCAUUCUUUCUAAGCAGCAGGACGAGACUGACUGCAAAGAUGUUUGGUUAUAUAAAAGACUGUUGGAAAAAGAGCUACAGAGUUCAUGUUCCAUUCCACCAGUAAACAAUUCAUAUUUUCAAGUCUUAUCAAAUUCAUGUUUACUUUGUAAAUUUUAGCCCACUGGAUUGUCCAGAAGGGAGAUAAAAUAGGGCUGUCCUAAAGUGUACCCUAAGUUAUCCAUCAAUUGAUUUGUAGUUUAAAAAAAAAAAGAAAACAGACCAGCAUAACCUGCAGUUACUGUUACAGGGAUGUCAGCAUCAACAAAGCUGGAACUCGCAGACUGUUAGAGCCAAAUAGAAAGGUCUUUUUUUAUCUGAAUAUUACUAGCUACAUUUAAAUGCUUUUUAGUAUUGUUUUGUUUUUUUUUAUUCAGUUUGCGUAUUAAGAUUUUUUUGCUUUAUUAGUUCAUCCUGCUAUUGUUGUGCUGUUAUAAAGUGUGGGUAAUUCUGCUGAUGUGGUCAGGGUAAAAGUUAAUCAGGCAAGCAGUUUGCAAAGCAACAGUUUGCUUUUAUAGUUGUUUAAUGUGUUUUACUGAUAGAUAUAGAUAACCCAGACUUGAACGGAUAUGUUUUGUUUUCAAACUCUCAGUUUUGUGUACAAUAAAGUCAUUUCUUCAGUG